UGCUCUCUUAACUAUUAUGCCAUUCAAUGCAUAACAACAUGCAUUGGAAAUAUUUAUAUUAGUUAGAAAAGAUUUUGAAAUUCACUGUAAUAGUAGGCAAGGCAUAAUUAAUUUCAAAUAUAUUUGCAGGAACAAAAACGCAUAUAUAAGUGAAAGUAAGAGCUAAAAUCCAUAUACUAGGCCUUGGCAAAAUAAUAUAUUUCUAACUGGAGGGUUCCAAAUUAUUGUGGGUGCCUCUAUUUUCCUAUAAAUAAUAAAUAAUAAAUUUUUUGGCGCCAACUAGAUUAUUGUUCAUGAAAAGAAGAAAAAAAAACACAGAAAAAGGCACGCCGGUAAAAUCCAAGAUGGGUUUUUUGUAAGGCCCGGGUUUUGUGAUUUGGACCAACCAAGUAUAAAUUUCCAUCUGACUGUUGACAUUGUAGCUUCAGGCUUCAGCUCAACCAUGGUGCAGAGAUUUUUCUCAGUGAGGCAAAUGGACCUCCAACAAAACAGCCAAUCCCACCCUGUCAUGCUUCUCUCUGGCCCUCCUUCCUGCGGAAAAACCUCCUUAAUAUUCCAGUUUGCAUUCAACUCCGCAAUGGGGGAGGGCCACCAUGGCAAUACUAAUGGUAAAGUGAUGUUCAUUUGCAACCGCCGCAAGUUAGAGGUCAAGCCCCCUUAUCUUUCCCAGGGCGUUGAUUCAUCCUCUGAGACAUUUCAGCGCAUACAAAUGAAGUAUGUGGAUGAUGAUGAAGGAAUUAAGAAGUACUUUGCUGCAUUUCACCUGCAUGAGACAUUUCCUGUGGCAGUUGUUAUUGAUGAUUUUGGAGAUUUCUUUGACGAAAGGAGCUGCCAAGAAAGAUAUGGUAACCCACGUGGAAGAGACUUAGCAAUGGUUCGGACACUAGCUUUAUGUCACAAUGCCAUGGUUCAUGCCAAUGAAACGAGUCCUUGCAAGCUUCUGCUGUCUGAUACACACCAUGGAGACUCCCCAAGGUUGCUCUUCAUCUACAAAAGAUGGGUUACAACCAUUUUUACAAUUCAAGGUGAUGGCUCUGGAUCGUUUGUUCUAAAGGACAAUAGCAAUUCAGGGAGAACAAAGACUGCUAAGUAUUCCAUUUCUCUCCAGUAUCUUUUUCUGGAAGAGAUCACUGAAGCGAGUGAAUAGCAGGCGUAUCGGAUUUAGGCUCAAAAUUACUUGAAGCUCUGUGACAUUUGAUGCCUAAACAUGUCAGUGUUAAUAUCUGCUCUUCAUUGUUCUUGUUCAUAAUGUGAUUUCUGUAGAAACCCUUAAAAACUGUGUGAUGUGCAAGCUCUGAAACUUGAUAUGAUCAGUAAAUAGUAUUUCAAAUGUCAAGAAACAAAUCUUUUCUUAGUUCUAA